CAAAAGUUUGAUAUUAGUACUCGGAACGUAAUAUCAUAGCUCGAUAUGGCAGAGUCGGAGCAGCAGACUAUCGCCCUCAUCGGGCUCGGCACCAUCGGCCUCUCGUUUGCCGCGUUGCACCUCCGAUACUCAAACGCCAAUCUUCGGCUGUAUGACGUACGAGACGACCUCGAGCAUCACAUUUCUACCCUUCUGCCGGUAUAUCUAGAGUCGGUAAAGAAAGAAGCGACAGAGACCCUAUCUGUUCAGCAGCUCAUAUCCAUCGGACGGCUGUCGAUAUGCUCGUCCAUCGAAGAGGCAUGCUCAAACGCAACGAUUGUUCAAGAACAAGGCCCCGACAAGAUUGAAUUCAAGCAGUCAAACUGGGCCAGCGUCAUCAAAUAUGCGCCUGCAAACGCACAUCUAUGGAGCUCAACAUCUGGUAUAUGUGCUUCCAAGCAGGUCGAACAUCUUGAGGACAAGACCAGGGUUCUAGUGGUUCAUCCUUUCAACCCACCGCAUAUCAUGCCAUUGAUCGAGGUGGUCCCGUCUCCCCACACCACACCCGAGAGAACCCAGUUCGCCAUGGAUUACUUUAAUACUCUUGGCUCAGGCCAUCGCCCUGUCAAGAUCAACAAAGAAACCCAAGGAUUUGUUGGAAACCGUCUAGCAUUUGCUCUCUUCCGCGAAGCUUGUCAUCUCGUCGCAAACGACGUGGUCUCAGUCGAGGAUUUAGACACCAUCAUGGAGAACAGCUUGGCGCCAAGAUGGGCCGUGGCCGGUCCUUUCAAGACAUACAACAGCGCCGGGGGAGCUGGCGGUAUAGGAGCAUUUAUGCAUCACUUGGCUGGAACUAUGGAGGCGUGUUGGGACGAUGUCGGAGAUAUAACCUUUAAAGGAACAGACUGGACAGAAAGGGUUUCUAGACAAACGGAAGAAGCCUAUGGAAGACCAACUGCGGAUUCGCUGGCGGAGAGGGAUCGAAGUCUACAAAAGAUCAUCCAGGCUCAGCCAAGUAAGAGAUAGUUAAGACGCAACCCCCAGGGGUCCAGUUUGUUGUAAACCCCUGGAGCUAGUUUAUCCUCUUCCCACUUUUAUAAAUCACACUCCGGAAUCAUC